AUGAUGUCAUCCCACAUGUACAUAUCCAGAUUCAUUCAACUAUGUAUCAUAGCAAUACUGUCAAUAGGAAUUCAAGAUAUAAAUGGUUUAAGUGAAUUUCAAGUAUUGCAAGUUGUCAAAGGAUUCGCAGAUAGUUAUCUAUCACCUAAGAAUAUAGAAGUGGCCAAGAGUAUAAAUAGUACAUUAUUCGCGGAAGACGUGACUGGUACAGCGGAUCUAUCGACAAAUUUUGAUGGAAGGGAAUUAUCGACGUUGCUCUUUGGUUUAUUCGUAAAUACUGCUCAAGAUCCAAAUGAUCCUUCUCCGUUCGGAUCUCCCAUUUCCUACAAUGUGACCGCUUUGUUGGUUCAACAUCACUAUGUAUCUACUUCAAUCAAAUUCCUAUUCCAUUAUCCAGUAUUGAGCGAAACUUACCCUAUCCAAAUAGACGCAUUCAUGCAAGUCAAUGAUAAUGGCGAGAUUCAGCAAUAUGACGUAUCGUUUCGAAGAUGGGCAUGGGCUACAGAUGUUAUAGUGCCUCAACUAAUACCUCACAUGGCAUCCAAUCUGAACAUCAAAAAUACGACUGAUUCUUCAACGAUCUUACGACAAUAUCUAUCUUCAAAAGUCUGUAAGACAGCAACGGACUUUUGUACAGGAUCGAAUCAACAGUACACAGAUUAUGAUUCGUGCAUGUCAUUUUUGAAUGAGAGAGAUAUAGGUGAAUGGUAUCGGAUGGGAGAGGAUAACCUCGUUUGUAGACAUCUACACGUCCCAAUGGUAUCUCUCAGACCAUCCGUACAUUGUGCUCAUAUAGGUCCAACAGGAGGUGACAUGUGCAUUUCAAGGAAUUAUAAUCAAGUUGUAUUAGAUUCUCAUUUCCCACAAGGAUGGUUAGCACCUAAAUUCGUCACUCCAGAGAAUCAAGAUCAGAUACGAGGCAUUCAAGCUGUCAGUGGGCAAGAUCUGAAUUCUGCUCUGGAGAUCUCUCUGAGUUCGGGUGAAGGUCAUUCUUGGGAUCCCACCUUGUAUGCUACUGCUUUAUUGGGCUAUUUCCUACUCUUCUAUGUGUGCUCCAAUGCACUUUGGUUCGUUUACUUCCGGAAAUCAUCUGUAUUUCCAACUUUGGGAUUGGAACACCAAAAGAAUAUCGUGAUGUACACAAUGAACAUAAUCUUCAUUACUAUCGCACUAGCACUUGAAUUAGUGGCGACUCCUGCCUUUGCGGGUAGAUACCAUUUAUGGGAAGUACAAUGUCUUCGGACCGGAGGUGUAUUAGUUUCAGCUUUAUACAUAUUCGAAUUGAUCUAUAGGUUAAAAAUGAGAUUACCAUUGAUAGCCCAUCAUUUCUUGACUAUCAUAGCUAUAUCAUUUACUGUCACAGUAUUUGAAUAUACUCAAUCUAUGACUUAUCUAAUUUCAGCUGUUAUAUGGCUUUUCCAAGCUACCACCGAACAACCCACUUUUAUCGGUUUGUUAGGCUAUCGGUUAGAUUGGGAUCCCCGUGCAGUCUCGAUCAUACUGAAGGUGGCUGCUAUUCAAACAUCCAUCUUCAAGUCUGCAAGCGCCAUUGGCUUGAUGGUAUAUUGGGGAAUCCAUCAGAACUACGCCUAUCGUUCUAUGGAUAAAGCUUGGACGGCUAUGGUGUUCAUCAUUGCCAUAGGCUUACUUUUGACUCAAAUUUGGGGAUCAUGGGUGACGUACUGCAUUGGCCAAAAGAUACUUCACGACCCAGAUUUAUCUCAAAGGAAGUUGAAAGGAUCAACUUUGGAAGUAUACCAAACUAUCCGCCUUAAUUCUGAACACAAGAAAAACAACUCAUCCGAUACAGCCAAUGAUAAUGACAAUGUUGAUGAUAACGAUAACCAUACCGAAGAUGAUAGAUAUGAAGUAAUGACAAACAAAGAGAGCCAUGUCACACCUACUCCACUUAUGAGAAUACCAUCUUUAUCACUCUCGGUAAAUUCGAAUUCACACAACAACCAGAAUUUAGAUCCGAACUCAAACUCGCAAUCCAGAAAUCAUAGACGAAGUAGAUUGAUCAGUAGAUCAAGCUUAUUAUUAGACACGUGUAAUCUGGGAGAUACGAGUAACGAACAACCAUCCACGACAAGUGGGGGGAUACCUUCUGCUCUAUCUCCACUUUUAUCUAGUGAAGAUCAACAUCUAUUUACGGCUCCUGCGACACCUGCCAGGAUGGACUUUCCAAUCGCUACGAAACCUGUAGUCCCUAGGUCUGAAGGACAAGAUACCUUGAGAAACAGUGUUAUCAGUACGGAUACGACAUAUUUGGGAAAGGCCUUGUAG